AUGGCAGACAAGUGCCCCGUCGACCACAGCUCCCUCGCUCCCCCCGCCGAAAAAUGUCCAGUCGACCACCAGCAGCGCUCGACGUGGGCUAGCCUGCUCCCAUCGUCUUCCAAGGAUGUGCCAGCUCACCCGCCCGCGCCCGCUCCCUUACCGCAAGACCGGGAAACAUCCUCGAUCCCUCGAGUCGACGGCGCAAACUGGGUGUAUCCUUCACAGGCGCAGUUCUAUGCUGCCAUGGCGCGGAAGAAUCACAACCCGCAGGCGUCGGACAUGAAGGUCAUAGUCCCUAUUCACAACGCCGUGAACGAGCGGGCGUGGCUGGAGGUCAUGAAGUGGGAGGCGGGUCAGGGCGGCGACAAGUGUGGGGGAGUAAAGCUUGUGAGUUUCAAGGGGCGUCCGAAGGACAUGACACCGAAAGCACGGUUGAAGACAUUCCUUGGCUACUCCGCGCCAUUCGAUCGCCAUGACUGGGUCGUCGAGCGUUGCGGAACGCGCAUCCGCUACGUGAUUGACUUCUAUACGGGCCAUUCAGGCCGAGCCGGCAACAACAUAUCUUUCUACCUCGAUGCCCGACCAGCUCUCGACAAUUGGGAUGGUGCCCGCAUGCGAGUCGAACGCUUCUGGGAGCGAUGGGUUGGGAAGAUGUGGAGUAGCAAGACGACACCUCCGAAGUCGGUUCCUUCGCGUUCAUAG